CCGAACUGUCACUCAAAAGUCAACUCAAGUUGAGUGCAAGUGUAUGUAGUAAAUUUAUAAAUGGUGGAUCAGCGUAAUUAUUAUAAUACACUUUUUUUUUUGUUUAUCAAUUUAUGUGUAAUUACAUUUGUUUAAUAACUCUAAUCUAUUGAUUUUCUCUCACCUCAAACAUAUUUACCCAUAAAGUGAUUGUGUUUUGUGUUGAUUUUCAUCCAAAUAACUUGGUCGUUUUCCACAAAAAGAAAGAAAAAAACUCCCUAGUGCAUCGCCCAUAAAGAAACAAAAAACGAAAAAACCAACAAGAGAAAAAAUUUAUUUGCACUCUGUGCACUAAGCAGCAAGCAGCAUUGAACCACAGAGUAAACCACAACCACACUCAUUUUAUUGUUGUUGUUUUCUUUUGCAAUUUUCUGUGUGUUGUCUGCUUUGAACCGUCCCCAAAAACAGAUGACAUUCGACAGAUAAAAAAAAAAAUAAUAUAUUUUUUUUCGAAAAAACAAACUCGUUUUCGUCUUCUACUACUUGUCUUGAGUAACCCCGAGUAGGUGUCAAUAUCAAAGCAAAGGAGUGGAUAAAAAAGAAUCAUUAAUCCGUAACCGAAGAAUUUUGCAUCUAUGCACUGCUUCACUUCAAUCAUCUUGGCCUUAUUGCUCCCAGCUGAACAACAACAGCCUUAGGUAUAUUCUGUUUAUAUGUUAACAAGCUGAUUGUUUCAUUUUCGUGAAUUGCUCUGGUGCGUCUGUCGCAUAAUGUCCAACAAAAUCAAUCCCAAGCGGCGCGAUGCCACAAACACAUCAUCCUCAUCCAGUUCGUCUCUGUCGUCAGCUGGCGGUGGCGAUGGCGGAAUGUCAGCCGACCUGACAUCGCUCUUCGAGUGUCCAGUAUGUUUCGACUAUGUUCUGCCUCCUAUUUUACAGUGUUCCAGUGGACACUUGGUCUGUGUGUCGUGUCGAUCAAAGCUCACAUGCUGUCCGACAUGUCGCGGACCUUUGGCUAAUAUUAGAAAUCUGGCGAUGGAGAAGGUCGCCUCGAAUGUCAAAUUCCCAUGCAAACACUCCAGCUAUGGAUGCACAGCAUCGCUGAUUUACACAGAAAAGACAGAACACGAGGAGACGUGCGAAUGUCGUCCGUAUUUAUGCCCCUGCCCGGGGGCAUCGUGCAAAUGGCAAGGACCUCUCGAUUUAGUCAUGCAACACUUAAUGAUGUCGCACAAGAGUAUUACCACGUUGCAGGGCGAGGAUAUUGUUUUCCUGGCCACUGAUAUUAACCUGCCCGGUGCCGUUGAUUGGGUCAUGAUGCAAUCUUGUUUUGGGCAUCAUUUUAUGUUGGUUUUGGAAAAGCAGGAGAAAUAUGAUGGUCAUCAGCAGUUUUUCGCCAUUGUCCAGCUUAUUGGGUCUCGUAAAGAAGCUGAAAACUUCGUGUAUCGAUUGGAGUUGAAUGGGAAUCGUCGCCGACUGACGUGGGAGGCGAUGCCGAGAUCUAUUCAUGAAGGUGUUGCCAGUGCAAUACAUAAUUCGGAUUGUCUGGUGUUUGAUACAUCUAUCGCACAGUUAUUUGCCGAUAAUGGCAAUCUAGGUAUCAACGUUACCAUAUCUAUUGUUUAAACACUCCCCAAACAGACGGUGGUAACCCCAAGCUGUCGCCAAACAUUGUACAUUAAACCAUACAAAUAGAAAAAAAGAAAAAAAAUUACAUCUAAUCCUCCUUGUAUACCUACUAUACCCUAUCUAUAACUAUGAUUAUAAAAAGAAAAUGAUUAUUAUCCAUUUUUACGUCAUUACACAAAAGCAGAUUGAUUCUUUCUAUUAAUUUAUAAAUAUAAGAUCUAUAGUUUAUAAGUUUAUGUAAUUAAUUUUUUUUAUUUUGUUUGAAAAAAUUAUACGAUAUUUUUUGUUCUCUCAGUAAGAAUAAAAAAAAUGAUUUUAGAGUAAUUUUGUGUGUUAGAGAAGCUCUGUUGAUUUGGCUAAUUCGAUUUGUUUAGAAGCAUUAUCAUGAUUCAUGAUGGAGACUCGUUUGAGUUGAGUUAAAUAUAAUCAACUUGAAAGUCAUUGAUUUUCUCAAUAAUUUGUUAGGUUUGUGAUGAAAUGACAUUGCACCUCGAACCGAUUUUUGCUUAUUGCUCAACUUUUUUAAACUCGAAAAGUAAUACUUAUGUGAUUUUUCGCUUAAAAUUUUUUAAUUUUCCAUAAAACCACAGUUAUGAGGUGAAAAUAUCAAUUUAAUUAAGUGUGGAUUAUAUUGAAUACUUUUUUUUUCGCACACAAUAAAUGAUUGUACUUGAGUCUUGAAGUUGGUUAAAAUUUAUAAUUUUUUUUUAUUAUUAUUUGUUGUUUAUAUAUAUUUUGUCAUUUAUAUUUUUCUUUUGUUUUAUUUUUGUAAUUUACAAUAAUUUAGUUAAUUUUUAGAAUUAAAAGAACAAAAAUAUAAAGCAAAUAUUUGAAAUGAAUGCGCAUACAAAAAUGGUUAAUAAAAAUAAACGUAUAAUUUUACACAAAAUUAAUGAUAGUAUAAAUUUGACAUGGAAAUUUGAGAUUUGUUACUAAAGGAACUAUCACAGUGGACCACAGUGGAAUAAUUAUUCAAAAAGGUUUUUGUGGUAAUGAAAACAUUUAAAUUUACGGAGGGUAGAAUGAAUAUAGUUCAGCUUUUGAGUACUGUGCGCCGAAUUUGAA